AUGGAAGGUGAUGACAUGUCAAAAAUCCCUAACGCUGAUGCUGUUGAGGUUAAACUCUCAAAUUUGAGUGACGAUUCUGAUUCUGUUAAGGGGAGUCAUCUCCCCGUGGCUAGGGUGAAAAAGAUAAUGAAGGAAACUGAACACCAGGGUAUGAUAUCUUCUGAUGCUCCCGUGAUACUAGCCAAGGCCUGUGAAAUGUUAAUAAGGGACCUGACUUUGCAAUCUUGGAACUGCACUCAAUUGACUAAAAGGUGUACACUACAGCGACAAGAUAUAAAAACUGCGAUUUUUAGCAGUACCAUUUACAAUUUUCUAUAUGACUUACUAACACCGGAAGAUCUCAAACCCAUGAUGGAAACUCAAAAUGACCUAUCAAAUAAUUAUUUAAAUUCCCGUCAAAAUCAAAAUUUUUUAAAUAAUUCUCACAAUUUACUUAAUUCAAGUCUUGUUUUAAAGCCUUGUGGGUUUAAGGGGCCUUACCCCAAAGAUGGUUACUCUCAACUAAGGAGCAAGAUUACACAUCCUUAUCCUGAUAUCCGGCAAGGAUACAGCUUGAUUCAGAACAAUAAACUGAACGAAGGGUAUUCAAAUGGUAAUACUUCUAACAAUUUUUUUGAUCAAAAUUUCAAUUUCGACAUUCAAGACCUAAGUUACUCCUCAAUUCCACAGUACGGAUCCAGUCCAAACUUCAUUUCUGGCCAGAAAUUAUACCCAAAUUCAUUUAACGAACCUAAGAUGAACACUCAGUGA